GCGCGGUAUGCAUUGCUCAGGUGUCGUCUUGUGUCUGUGUUGGUUGGUCAUGACAUAUUUUUGUUGAAUGUUGAACAUUCCCUUGUAUGUAUGUGUGUGAGGAAAGGGUGUUACCAUAGGCCUUAGUUUGUAACUCAUGGCAUUUCAUUUAUAUAUUUUAGCUGCAAUUUAUUAUGAAUAAUUAUUUACCUGUUCAAUCGUAUGUUGUGGUUGCAUUUCACCUGUAUUCUUCUCAUAUGAAGAGGCUCUAAUAUAGUGGAAUGAGCUCCCCCAGUCCUACAAAUGAAGCUGGAAACUCAGCAAGUCCGGCUAAGAAGUGGGUCCAAUUCGAAGAAGAUGAAAAACUCAAAGCACAAUCGGAAUCUAAAGGUUCAUCAUCUAAAGCAGCUGCUGAAAGUGAAAGAAACGGCUCUGGUAGCCUGAAAACGCUGGAUGCGCCGAUCCGCGCCAACCUGCAGAGCCAUGCAGGCGGAGGCGGCGACUACAGUGGGGCCAUCAUAUCGACUGAGUCGGUGCACGUGACGCUGGACAGGGGCGGCGGCCUCAACCGCUCGCUCUCCUCCACCGACGGUCCCCCCACAGAGGCCGCUGUCGGCGUCAACAACCUGAGAACUGUCGACCUCCACGAUGCACCUAACGGUCGCUCUGCCCCCAGUUCGAACGCCGCUCUCAGGCAGGGAUUUGCCAAUGGUGAUAUAAUUGUCACACUUUUACCUGUGAACUCGAAAUUUCCAUGGAUAACACCAGCAAAAUUUCGACCAGAGCUGGUACCAGAAGAGCUGAUGGCUCAAGAAUUGUCGUUGACUGUAGAAGAUUAUGUCCAUAUAAUGGAAAUCCUAACCAAUGACGUGAGAUUCACCAUUUACAACGUUUGCUACAAGAGAGUGCUGGUCCUGUGGAUCUUCACCGCAUUUAUAGUUCUGCUCAGUUUACUGUUCUCGGGUCUCACAGGACUCACUUUGUUCGGCUUCGGAAUACUCUGGCUGGUCAUGAAUGCUUCAGCCAUAUUCUUUUGUAUGUGGAUGAAGUACAAGAUGAACUAUCAUUUAGAACGUUGCAUGGCGAACGUUAAUAAGCACCUUCUACGCCAUAGAAUAAUCCUCGGUCUGGAUGACAGAGGGAAAAUGUCGUGUCAUAAAGUCAAUCUUUGCUUUAUAUUUUUUGAUACCACUGAUUGCAUUAAAAAACUUCAAGAAGUAAUAGAUAGAGAAGAGGCUGAAGGUAGAACAGUGAAUCGGGAUGAGGAACGUUCUCGUAAAGAAUUUGCUCAAAGAAUGGAUAUAGAAGAUGGUGAUAUCAUUAUCCAGGGAACCAACCCUCAGCGCCGUUCACGAAAACAGGAUCUGCAAGAGCAGCUGUUGCUGAGAUACCUGCAGCGCUGGAGUAAGGACUACCUGCGACGUCGGCUGGACUGGACCAUCGACGAGGAGGGGGGGAACCCUCCCGACCCCCGCCAUCUCUCCUCCGCCCUCUGUCCCUGCCAGUACAUCCAGGAGUACCUCACUCACAAAGUGCGCUAUGACCCCCGCGCCUGCUGUCCCUGUUGGGCCUCCUAUCUACGUGAACGGGGAAUCGAUUGAACAUAUCAUCUGUUUCAUCUGUAAAUUAUUGUAUAUUCUUACUCCCGGUCUCAUGUAUGUCUAUUGAAUUCAACUGACACCAUCUAACGAAUGUCAUAAGAGCCAAUGAGAGAUACCAUAGUCACCUCUAAUACAAGGCCCCGGCCUACGAUAUUGCAACGUCGCAGUGAAAGUCUAGAAUCUAAUACAUGAUUGGUGAAAAAUAUUUUUAAAAAUAUCAGCUGAUCUUUUACACCAAUCAUGUAUUAGAUUCUAGGCCUACACUGCGACGUUGCAUAUCGUAGGCCGGGGCCUUGUAUUAGAGGUGGCUAUUGAGAUACGGAAGACUUCAUUAAUCUCCAGUUAACCACAGUUUAAUUUAAUAGACGUACGUGCAACCGAGCCUGAGCACUACCUCCGUAAACAAAGCCUUAGUGCAAGACAGGUGGUUGAUUGUAACGUCAGCACAGGUAGGGCUCCUUCACCAAUAAAAUCACUAGCUGAUAUAGAUCAGCUGAAAUCAACAAAUUUUUAUUGGUGUAGGAGCCCUACCUGUUCUGACGUCACCAGAAUGCACUAUGGCUUUGUUUACGGAGGUAGUGGCCUGAGUCAUUCAAGAUAAUCAAACCAAGUGCCUUCAUUUUUUGAGAGGAACCGUUUUAUUAAUUAGGAAAGUAGGAGUAAUUCUAUUUACUAAUAUAUUUUUUUUUAUCAAAAAUGUAAAUGAAUCGGUCAUUUGAGAAACAACGUACUGUGAAAUAAUGAAAACACUUUUUGUGUAGUUGAGAAGUUGAUAUUGUGAUAAUUAUUCAUAUUGAAUGAAAAAGACUAAGCAAUUGUCGAAAACCCACAGAUUUAUUGAUAAACAGGGUUUAUCAGAGGUUGACAAUGGUGUAAUAACCGAAACCGGUCUUUCUAAGUAUCAAUAAAUCUGUAGUUUUUCGACAAUUUCUUAGUCUUUUUCAUUCAAAAUGAAAACACUCUUUAUUAGGUGGAGUUAUGACUGUGAAGUCUUCUCUAGCAGUCAACCUCAAAAAUUUGAGUAAAUAUUUUUAAUUUCUCGGGUGAGUGCAAAUAUAGGGCUUCUGUGUUCUGUUGUUACUGUAAGGAACGUAUUUUAGUUUAGUUCCUCAUAGUAAAGGAAGCUGUGAUUAUGUUUAUAAACUAGACAAUAAUGACAAUCAUUGAGACUAGACAAUCAUCUAGACUGAUUGAAAUCGAUUUGAUCAUUUUCUAUGGAGAAUCAUAUACCAAUGCCAUAGCUAGUUGAGGAAGUUUUGACAAGUGUUGUUUCUGAAGGAAAUCGAUUCAAGCAUUUUUGAAGAAUUAUAGUCCAAUGCUAACUAAAUUAACAUUACUACGGUUGCUAACGACUGCAACUAUGGUUGCCAAAGAUUUAACCUUUUAUGAAGAAUCAUAUUCCAAUGUUGACUAAAUUAAAAAAAAGAGUACAUAUGUAUGUUGUUUCUCAAAUGAUAGAUUCAAAUGCGUGUUGUAUUUUUCCACAUUGUGAUUGCUUCCCAACAACAGAUAAUAUGUGAUAUGUGUCAACAGAUCAUCACAAAGUUUAAAACCAAAAGUGUGUGUACUGUUGAGGAGCGUAAUUAUUAACAAACAUCAAUAGGCCAACUAGAAAAUAUUCAUCACAUACUUUUAGAUUGUGUUUUGAAGAUAUACUACCAUAGAGAAACAAUAGCGUAAAACAUAGGUAUUCUUACGCUAUUGUUUCUCUAUGAUACUACUCAGUUGAGAAGUAACUAGGGGCAAGCCACAUGAGGAGUUUUUUUUCAGUCGGCACGACAAGACAGGAAGCUCUCCGAUUGGCUGGACAGAAAGCUCACUCGAUACACCAAACCAAUUGGAGAGCUUCCUGUGCUGUCGUGCUGACUAAAAAAACCUCGUGUGGCUUGGCCCUACUACAUCCUGAAGUACUGCUGUUGUGAAGCUUGAUAAUAUUUUCAUUGUAAGAAUUGUGCAUUGUCUAUAGUGGUGGAUUAUUUCUGACGAAUUUUAUUUGACAUGCAAAGUAUAACUUGAGUGGCAGGUAGGAGCUUAGUUAGCUUAUAGAGUAGCAACUGAUAUCAUCUUCAUGAGCUGAACUUCAUGAGAAAUUCAAAUGUCUGAAAUUUCUUGUGAUUGAGAACGAUCUAAGAAUAAGGGAAACAUUGAAUGAAAAAGACUAAGAAAUUGUCAAAAAGCCACAGAUUUAUUGAUACUUUGAAAUCUAAGUUUCAAAUUAUCUAAGUAUCAAUAAAGUUUCUAAGUAUCAAUAAAUCUGUGGCUUUUUGACAAUUUCUUAGUUUUUUUCAUUCAAUAUGAAUAAUUACUACAAUAUCAACUUCUCAACUACACAAAAAGAAGAAAAAUAAGGGAAACCUUCUGAACAGUUUAAGAUCGAAUCAAUAUUUUCCCGUCCCUUUAACCAAUGUCUACAAAGAUCCAAACAUGUUAUCCUUUAAUGAAAUAUUCUUGUCAAUGAUUCAACAUUUUUGAAGAAUCAGAAAGAUUCAAAACGUUUCAUUAAUCAAAAUAGAUUCUAGUCGAGAUUUAUGAACAUUCCAUGCUCGGUCUUAUUUUAUUUCAUUACGAGCUUCAAUAGAAAUAGAAAGAUUAUUCAAUUUGUCUAUCUGUUACUUUUGUGAUGUGCAUGUGCAGUAUUGCAAUUAAUAACAUUCAAAGUGUAAUAUCUAUGAUUUGCAUUUUGAUCCAAUUUGCAUUUUUGCAUUUGGAUCUGGCUUGUUAACGUAAAAAAAUUAUUAGCAUGAUGUAGAACGUUUUCGUUCGUAGUGGAACAUAAAAUGAAUUUUAUUGUAGCCUUAAUUGCUUGUUGACUUAUUGAUCAAUAGCAUACAGUUUUCUAACAUGGUGUAGUUCACAAUAUUAUUGAAAGUUUUAGUAAAUUGAAUAAGCUUGUGUGCAUGGUUUGAUAUUGUAGACUCAUUCGCUUCCUUAAAACUGAUCACAAAAUCAAGUGAGAAUUUAUUUAAAACUAACCUUAACGUUCAACGACAUUGAAUUUGGCUUGAGUUUUCAUUCCUUAAAUAUUCAGUUGCUCACAAUUGAGUAAUUGCAAAUCUUUUCAGCUAUUAUAUCUGAUUCAAUGGUCUAAUAAUACCCAAUUCACGUUGAAAAUAAAAAAGCCUUUACUCGGGUGUGUUUAACAUUAAAUAUAAUUUCAAUUGUAUGUUAAUAAUAUCAUUAUAUUCAUUUUCAUAUUGAACUGUCGUCCAUUAACCCGGUCCACCGAAACAAGGAAUGUCUUCAGUUCCAAACAACUUUGUCUUCUAUCACUCAAGACCUUAUUCAGCCUGUCUCCCUUUCAGUCUUUCAGUCUCUGUGUAGUCUUCCCUUUCAGUCUUUGAAUUGAGUAGGUUCGUUGAAGUUUAGAGGCUGUGUCAUACUCUCUCACAUAACCCACCCAUUAGAUUCAAACCCAGCUUUGGAUCACUUUUUGCUAUUAAAAAUAACGACUAGCAGUCAGAUUGUUUACAAUAAAUGAAUUAAUCACUCACUGUGACAACGAGAUCUUUCGGCAGGUCCGCUAUCUUCCUGGUUCCAGAUUUAGAAUUAAACGGCCCACUUGCAGCAGACUGGCCAUUCCAGACACUGGAUCGUAACUUUUUGUAGUAUGCCUCUUUAAAAUACAAGUUACUCAGUGUGUUUCUGUCAUUGUCCAUGUCUCUAAAUUUGCAGGAACUCUCCUACUAAGCUACUAAUAAUACUCACAAGUACCUAAUUUUGUCAAAUUGAUCUUUAACCCAUCUUUUCUGCGUCUUUAUUAAUAUAUCUGGUAGAGAGUGUUGUCUCUCUAGCUACGUCAUCCGUUAUGUAGGAACCUUAUUCAGGCUCCUGUUUUAAAAAUCGUCUCCUUUCGAUAGAACUUUUUGAAGAUACAUGACCGAUUAUUAGACCUAAACUCAGCUUAGCUUGGCUCGAUUUUUAGUUCAAGUUUUGGUCUAAGCAUCGGUUAUAUAUACCGUCCAUAGAGUAAAAUUAGUAAUUGAAUACUUUUACAAUAUUUUGAGAUUCCCAGUUUGUAAGUUGGAUCAUUGAAUGUCACAAAUAGUUUUUCACUUACUUUGUGGAAUUAUUAAGGAUCUGACUGAUAUCGCACAGAACCUUGAUUUUGAUUUCUCUGAUAUCAAAACCUUGAUUUUUCUGAUAUCGCCGAAGAUUGAUUUGUGAACAGGGUGUUGUUGUAAUGAAAAUGUAUGAUUUUGAGAUGAGUGAGUGAGAUGGUGGCGAUGUGGUUGUGGUUUAGGAGCGAGCUGCGCUGCUGCUGCUGCGCUACUCGUCGCGUUGGGCCAAGCUGUUCGUGCGACAGCGACUCGACCUGAGCGUCGACGGCGACAGUCGCGCGACAAUGGCCGCCGCCGCGUCAGCCGCUCCCCGCCACUGCGUCUCGGCGCGCUGUCCCUGUCAGUUCAUCGAGGAGCACCUCAAGUACAAGCCUCGAGGCAAGUUCACUCUAGCCACUAUCUGUUCUCUACCUGACUUCUCUUUCAAAUGAUUCAUUACCUGCUUCCACGCUCAAAUCCUACAUUCCAAUCGAAUUGGUGCAAUAUUUUUAGAUUUUAGGUUGCAAGUUUUCAACCUAUUGUGCAAUAAAUUAUUCUACGUACUUAUGCCCGGUAUCUAGGAUGAUUAUUACAUCUAAUGGACCAUUAAAUCUUUAGGUUCAAUGAUACAUUGAAUCUUUAAGUUUAAUGAUCAAUGAGAUUUUAUAACUAUCACAUAUUACAAGUGAUAAUUAAUAUUACAGUUGAUUCCUCAACGAACUUCAAAUUUGACUUUUAUUCUCUAUCUUAUCAAUAUCUUUUAUUGAUUACUAGCAAUAACCCCGGGCUCCGCAAGGGUCCAUUUUAAAACUUGACAAACUGGAAACUUGACGUGAUAAAAUCUGGAAGAAUUGAAAAUAGGCCUAUAACCAUCCUCGGUUAAUUAAGAAUUGAUAUGCAAAAUUUCAAGUUGAUCAGUCCAGUAGUUCCAGUAGUGAAGAUGCGUCAAACAUAAUUUUCUUAUCCCGUACGUGUAUAACCCAGCUUUUUACUAUAUAUAAUAGUAUAGAUUGAGAUACCGGUACCUAUAUUUGAUACUAAAUUAUUUUGCUUCUCUUGUAUUUUGAAUUUUCAAUUUAGAAGGUAAAACGUGACAACCUACUCAUGGACUGUUGUAAAAGUUGAAAAAGAUAGUUUUGGGUAUGAGCCUGUUGUGGCCAUUCUUGAGUAUAGUAAUAAUAUUGUUCAUGAUGAGAUAAAUAAAUGAAUUCACUAUAUAUUUUAUCACUCAUGUGGUUUUAAAAGCCACCUGGAUAUUGAUGAAUCAAUUACUGAUCCCACAAUUCCUGGUGCCUCUAAAACCACAUCAGUUAUUAUAAAAAUGAUUAUUAUUCAACGUACUUAGUACUGCAGUUAAUUUAGAUCCCACUUCCAUUUUCCUAUCGAUAUUUUGACUAUAUGAUUGGUAUAAUAACUAAUGUAGGUUCGAACCCCACUUAAAAUUGUACUUUCAUCUUGUCCCUUUUCCCAGUAAAUUACCUCCCAGUUCAGAAUCGGAACCCACCUGGAAUUGUGUAGCUUCUAAUUUCCAAAAUAGUUGAAUUUAUAUUUUUCAAGUUCCGCCUUUUUGACUAUCCUAGUAAAUCGCCCAUUUCAUAUUUUAAAGUCUUCACAUUUCUUAUAAUCACGUAUCCAAUGUUGGAACCCGCCUAGAUUAAUCAAGUUUUCCAUAACAUGUCAGAAAUAAAUUAUUAUUAAACGGAAAUCCAAAUUAAAUGCUGUAAUUCAGUCGAAAAAACAUAAGCAGGAUAUUGUCUCCCCACUACUAAGUGCCUUACGCCUAUUCAUAUUGGCAUCAUUUAUAAUUUUUCUGUAGAUAAUUUCAAUUUAAACUUGGAAAUGCAAUUUUUGCAUAUAUAUAAUAUAGCAAUUCGUUGUCGAAUCGCAACAACAAACAAAAAAUCAGCUACAGUAUUGAAUUGAAUUAAUUUUCAAAAAUAUUAUGAUAGUGGAAGCAUAAUAUAAUAUUCUAUGAAUAUUAUCGUGUUCUAUUUCAAUCAGAAUCGAUAUUUUCAGAUAUAUUUUUUACUUCUGUAAAUUUUCUAUUUUACAAUACAGUGAACAGUAUUAUCUAUUCCCUUCCAAACGUUUUGAAAAGAAUAAUAAUAAUCGAGAAUCAUCAUCUUACUGAUGAUUUGCAUCAUCAUCAUAAUAUGCUGAUGAUUUGUCGCUCAAAAAUAUUGAAAGAAAGUCGGACUGGCUGUGCCUUGAUUAAAACAAAAUAGUUGAAAUAUCCUCUAGUGCCUUGAUGUAUUAUAAUGAAAAAGAUGUUAGAAUAGACUUGGUUUCGAAGGUCCUAAAAACCUCAGAAAUAUAUAACUUUUACAAAAGAAUUCUUUGUUUUUCUUUGCUAUGUAAUUGAUCAAGUAAUUUUAGCGAAUUAUUGUGAUAUCCUAUUCUAACAAAAAUCAAAAUAGCUGGUGUUGAGCAUUGGCGCAUUCAGUGUAAGUGGAAGCAGGGCUGAUUUUGUGCACAGUAAUAUUUGAUUAUAAAUUUGUUUUGAUGACGGGGUUGCCUGAAUGAAUGUACAAUAACUGAGGUUGUGGAUUACAAUGGUUCUGGUAUACACGCUUUGUUUUAUGGUUUUUAAGUUUGGUUUAUUGUUGUAAAUAGACUCAUAACAUUAUCAUUGUAUUGUUUUAAUUUAAAGUAUUACUAGUUUUCUGUUUGAUAGCUGAGCUAUCUUGUACUAACAGUAUUUUUACAGUAGGUAUCCCAAUUAUUAUUAUUAUUCUUGAAAAGAAAUCUCUAUACAAUUCUGUGAAAGAAGCUGUUGAUUUUUUCAAACGUGGCAGUAUUCAUGUUAAGUAAAAUAUUUCUUAUUCUAUUAUUUUUCAAUCAAUCCAGUUUUACAUUUUGCUGUAUUAAAUCAAUUAAAAAUCCCUAAAUAUUUUUUAUGUUAGCUUAAUUCAUAUCAUUGAGUUCUUGAUCAACAAUAUCAUAUCAUGAAAAAUUAGUUUAUUCUAUUUUAACGUAACAACAUUGUUAUAAUGUAUAAUGUGACAACUAUGGUGGUGGAAGUAUUAUAUAUUAUUACUAUCAUAAAUGUUUUAUUUUAUUCAUAUUCUGUCACUUCUUAACAUUAUUUGUCAUCGCCUUUAUCGUGUACAACCGAUGAUUGUUUAUUUUAUUUUAUCCACUUAAUUCCAAGUUUAAUUACUUCGAAAUAUUUCUCAGAAAUAGGUUUGGUAUUUGAAAAAUAUAUCGUUAGUACACUUUGAAUUUCAUAAUACUCACUACGGUAUUUUUAAAGUUCUAGAUUAACACUGAUUUACCCGAAAACUUUUGAAUUUUGGUUUAUGCUUACUAUAUCCUGUCCUUACAUAAUUAUUUAAUUGUUUUGUCUAUAGUUCAUGUUUGUUUUUGAAGAAAAAGGAACCUGUUACUUAUUAAAAGAAACACAAUUAUUUUACCUUGAAAAUAUUUUAGCGAGCAUUUUCUUUUGUCAAAUUAUAUUUAAAAAAUGUAUGUCUGGUACAUCAUACCUCUCACAAUUUUUUGUUGUAAUUUUUCUUCAAAAAUAUAAUUAUAUCUAAUUUAAAGGAACACUUCUAUAAGAAACCUGACCCUAAUCUUGCGCUUUUUAAGAUUACCAUAAUGUUUUCUUUGAUGUAAGUAAAACUGCUUCAAAUGUGGCAUCUAUAAUUUUAGAAUAUUCUAUUCCGUCCAUGUUAGAAUAAGUAUUUGAUAUUAUUUUUAUAUAUUAUAUAUUCACUUCAUUUUUAUUAUUCUAUCAAAUUAUUGUACUUAUCUCAAAUCACUCAUAUUAUUUUAACUUUUAUUGUUGAGAUUGAUAUCAUGACCAUGUUCAUCUAUCAUUUUAGCAUAUUGUUAUUAGUUAUUAUUGAUAUUAUAUUAUACUCAGCACAUUUUCUGAUAUUCAGAGCUGUUCAUAAUGAAUGUUGAAAAUAUUUUAUUACCUCUUUUCAUGUAUUAGAACAUGUUUGGAAUGAAUUGAAGAACAUUAUUUUGUUGAAUGAUAUUAAUAUACUUUUUUUGAACGUU